AUGUCACUUGCAGAUAUAAUCAUAUUGACGGAUGCAGUCUGUGGUAUGCCAGACGUGAGUGCUUUGCAACAGAUCCUAACGCAAUUAAGGAAUUUUGCAGUAUCAUGCUCUUUUAUACAGUUACAAAAACGUAAUAUCGAAGAACCAGUAUUCGGUUCAGUUACCUAUCCAGAACUAUUUCAUUUCCUGGCGAUCUCAACUUUUGGUACAUAUCUUCCAGACUGUCACUGCUCCAUUCCCGAUAUCAAAUGGCCGUUGAUGAAUGCCUAUCAUCGUGCCUUAUUAUGCUGGAGUUUCAAGAGUGCAUUAGCGGGUAACGAACACAUCAAGAAUACCAUUGAACUCAUCAAUCCUGAAUUUGCGAACUUCUAUAUUUUGUUGGUUUUUGUUGAUUAUAAUUGA